UUUUAAAAUGUCAUCCAAAUGUAUCCAGAAAAAGAUCGUAAUUAACCUGACCAAAAAAGGAAAGGGAGCCUCUGUAUUCGACAAGGAGAUGCAGAAGUUUUUCAAGUCGAGAAAUUUGAGAAAAAACUCAACGAUGAAGUUUUCAGACCUGACCCAUCAUUCCAAUUACAACUCGAUUCUUAAGAUGGUUAAAAAGCAUAACUCCAAAAAUAUUAGGAAUCAGAGACUCAGAAGGAACCUCAAGAGAUGUACUUCCGUAGAAAUUCCUGAAACCGACAUUCACAUAAGGAUUGCCACUGAUUUUUCAAAUAUUAAUGGCUUAGAAAGCAUCAAGGGAAAGAAUGUUUUUGCCCUUGGAAAACUCAAGCUUGCCUCAAAUAUCUUAAACAGCAGCUCUUGUGAGAGACAUUCUGAAUCUAAAGUUUCUCCUCUGGGUUGCACUAUCGACUCCAUUGGAAGGGAUCUAAAACUUUUCAAAAAUACUGGUAUUCAAAAAGUGAAUCGGAUAUUGAUAAACCCAAAACAGCACGACCAGCCUCAGAAAUUAUGAAGAAGGAGAAUCAAUAUGAAAAGAGGUUUGACUUACUUUUCUGGUAAUAGUUAUGAAAGCUUUGCUGCUUAUCCAGAAAGCUCGUUACAACUUCAAGGAAGAAACGUCAGAAGAGCUGAAACCUCUAAUUCUGUCCUUAGAGGUCAGACGUUUUAUAACUCAAGUAUGACUUCAGAUAAUUAUGAAACCGCUGAGUCUUCAGAAGAUACAAAGGACUGUAACUUUGUAUCUAGCUGCUCCAGUGUCGAGUCUUUGGAGCAUAUCAUGCUACCAAGGAUAGUCUCCUAAACUAUAUCAUAAAUGUAC